AUGAAAGGCGUCGUCGUCCGCAGCCAGACACACGGCGCCACUGAAGAUGAACCUGCCACACUGCACCACCUGCAUAGAGAGAGGGAGAGGGCACAAAACAGAAGUGUAAGAGAGCUCAGCGACGAAGCUGGCCGCAAAAUAACAACUAGGAGGGACAUGAUGCGUCACGUAGAAGAACACUUCUCUGAACUCUUCAAGGGAGAGGAACCAGAUGACGCAGAAACAGCAAAAAUACUACAAGGAACGCGCAGACGGCUGAACGAUACCGAUCGCGCUUUGCUGACGGAAGCUGUGUCAGAGGAUGAAGUCAGAGCCGUCCUCAAAACCUGCGCCAACGGCAAAGCUCCAGGAGCGGACGGAUUACCGUCAGAAUUCUACGCCACCUGCUGGGACAAAGCUGACGAAAAUUUGUCUUUACCACUUGUUUCACUUGCGUCUGUGUCCGACCGCACGCCCGCGUCGGCGACUGCUGUCGUGUCGGAACCUGUUUCCCAGCCUGUUACGGUACCGGAAUUUUCUGAUACGUUGACUGCCUCGGUUGACGUGGCUGCCAGUGCUACUGUUAGCUCUGCUGCCGUGGAGUCGCAGGAAUUUUUUGCGGCUCCGAAACCGCGGCGUGAUGAAUUUCCGUCUCGCAGUUCUAGCAGGCAACGUGCUCGUAGUGUCGGUCGGUCGCCUUCCUCUGACAGGGGGUUUACCCGACCCGACCGCAGUCCGUCUCCAGUUGACCGUUCGCCCGCCGGUUCCCGGCAGUCGCGAGUUGGUCGGCAAGACUCACAACAGCGUGCCGCGCGUCGGGACCUAGACCGUGAGCGGCGGCCGUCUCCGGCUUCCGGCUCCGGGCGUCCGACACAGCAAUCGCGACCCCAACAGCGUGCCGCUUCUCGCCAUCCGCCGCCUGACGACCUCACCGUGGCCGAUCAGAAGCGUGAUGUCGCUGUUCGCCAUUUACGUACCGUUUUAAGUCAGCCGCCUCCUGGUGACGAUUCGGCAAUGCCGGCCGACACGGCUUUGGCUGUAGCGCCGCCGCAAUUGCCGACAAAACGGAAGGCUGAAGACACCCACCAGCGUCGUGUCUGUCCUUCUGCCCCCGAGCGAGUGCCGGCUUCUUCUCCCGACGUGGAGAUGCCCGUUGCUGCUCCUUUGUCGGUGGCUUCCGGUGGCACAGGUUCUGGGACCGCGUCCGCCCCCACUCCCGUGUACCCCACUGAGUGGGCGGCGGAUGUGGAAGGCGGUAGUCGAGGAUCACCGGCCGCCGAGCCGUCCCCGCCCGACAUCCCACCGCGCCGCGCCCGCGCCCGCCGCCUGCCGGCUCCCGCGCCGCGCCAGCCGUAG